AUGUCCUCUCCCAUCCCAUCAGGCUCGCAAUCCCCAGCGACUGAACAACGCGAGCUCGAGAACGCGCUCGCUGAACAUGAGGCUGCUGUGGCUACCGUGACUGCUGCACAAGGGCUCGAGCCUCCCGCGGACGAGGCAGAGUCUGAUGCUGGAGAGGCAGAGUCUACGGAGGCGGCCGUGGGCGUGAUUGACUACGCGCGUCAGAAUGGGGACGGGGAGGCGAGUGGCGGUAGCAGUGAAGAGGACGGGAAGGUGACUGAGAAGAGCGUUGAUGAACAUGAGGAGGUGGUGGAGAGCGAAGAGACAGACGACGCGAGCUCAGAAGAGGAGGACGAAGAGUCAGAAGACGAAGAGGACGAGGAGCCUGCGCUCAAGUACGAGCGCUUAGGCGGCGCAUUCCCCGAGCUCUUCGCGCGCGAGACCGCGUCCUGUCUCGCGAUAUCGAAUAAACUACUGGCUUUUGGCACGCACAGCGGGGUAGUGCAUGUGCUCGAUAUGGCCGGCAACCGCGUAAAGUCGUUCAAGCCUCAUACGGCGUCUAUCACGGAUAUGCACUUUGACCCUUCGGCCGACUUUAUAGGCACGGCGUCCAUCGACGGCCUAAUAUUCAUCCAAUCGCUCUCGACGACCGAAGCCUACUCGUUGAACAUGAAACGCCCGAUGCGCACGCUCUCCCUCGACCCGUCCUUCGCCAAAUCCAGCGCCCGCGCCUUCGUCUGCGGCGGCAUGUCCGGCGCCCUGAUCCUGCACGAAAAGGGCUGGCUCGGCCACAAAGAGACCGUCCUGCACCAGGGCGAAGGCCCGAUCUGGCAGGCGCGCUGGCGCGGCCACCUCAUAGCGUGGGCGAACGACCUGGGCGUCAAGAUCUACGACACCCAGAGCCAGACGCGCAUCACGUACGUCGACCGCCCGGCCGACGCGCCGCGCGCGGAUCUCUUCGGCGUCACGCUACGGUGGCAGGACGACAGCACGCUGCUCAUCGCGUGGGCGGACACGAUCAAGGUCGCGCGCGUGCGCGCAAGGCCGAGGGGCGCGGCGCCGGCUGGGGGCAGUUUGCCGCCGUUGGUGGUGGAGAUCACGGCCGUGUUCCAGCUGGACUGUAUGAUCGCCGGCAUCGUGCCGCAUCCUUUGCCGCACUCGUUCGCCGCGGCUCAACAUGGGCACCAUAAUCACCGGCGCGAGCGGAGCAGCGCGAACAUGACCACGAGCCCGACGAGCUUUCUGGUGCUGGCGUAUACGCCGCCGGACGACUCGUUCAACGACGAGGCCGUGGCGGAUCGCUCGAUGCAGGCGCGCAGAGUCGCUGAGCGGCCGGAGCUGAGGGUUGUGAGCAGAGGCGGGGAGGAGCUCGCGGCGGACGCGUUAACCGUACAAGGGUUCGAGCGCUGGAACUGCGGGGACUACGCCCUGGCCGAGAUCGACCCGGACGACGUGGGCGACACGCGCGCGUACCUCGUGCUCAGCCCGCGCGACGCGAUCGUGGUGCGGCCGCGGGACCGGAAGGACCACAUCGCGUGGCUGGUCGAGAAGGCGCGGUACGAGGAGGCGCUGGGCGAGGUCGAGGUGCUGGAGCAGGAGGAGGGCGCGGGCAGCGUCGACGCGGGCGCGAUCGGGCAGCGCUACAUCGAGCACCUCGUCGCCGAGGGCGCGUUCGCGAAGGCGGCGAAGCUGUGCCCGAAGGUGUGCGGGCGCGACACAAAGCGGUGGGAGGACUGGAUCUUUGUGUUCGCGCAGAAACAUCAUUUGCAGGACGUGAUUCCGUACGUGCCGACCGACGCGCCGCGGCUCGACCACCUCGUGUACGAGAUGAUACUCGCGCAUUUUCUCGCGAACGAUCGAACACAACUACAGAGAACGAUACGUGAAUGGCCGACGGAGAUCUACGACGUCUCGGCGGUGAUAUACGCCAUACAGUCCGAGCUCGACCGCGCGCCGUCGUCUUCGAGGCCCGUGUCGCCGAGUAGUGGCAGUAGCAGGUCGGGCGCGCAGACGAUCCUGAUGGAGUGUCUCGCGGAGCUGUAUACGGCGAACCGGCAGCCGGGCAAAGCGCUCCCGUUCUUCCUCCGCCUGCGCAGGCCGAACGUGUUCGAUCUUAUACGGGAGCACAACCUCUUCACCGACGUUCAGGAUCAAGCUUUGUUGCUAGUGGAGUUUGAUGCGGAGUUGAGGGAGAAGAGGGAGAGGGAGGGCGAGGGUGUGAAGGGGCGCGGGCAGGCGAUCGAGUUGCUUGUGGAUCAUACGUACUCGAUUCCGAUUCCGAGGGUUAUGAAGCAGCUUGAGAGCAGGCCGUAUUUCCUUUUCCUUUAUCUGGACGCGUUGAGCGAGAAGGAUCCGCAACUUACGGCUGACUUUGCCGAUACUCAGGUCAAGCUGUACGCGGAAUACGCCCCAGAAAGACUCGUCGACUUCCUGCGCGUCAGCAGCCAGUACAACCUCGAACAAGCCUACAAGAUCUGCACCGAGCGCGACCUCGUGCCGGAGAUGGUCUUCCUGCUCGGGCGGAUGGGCAACAACAAGCAGGCGCUGUACCUCAUCAUCGACCGGCUGGGCGACGUCACUCGUGCGAUCGACUUUGCGAAGGAGCAGAGCGACGACGAUCUGUGGGAGGAUCUGCUCAAGUACUCCGAAACACGUCCACCCUUCAUCCGCGGCCUCCUCGAAAACGUCGGCGCCGAAAUCGACCCAGUCCGCCUCAUCCGCCGCAUCAAAAACGGCCUCGUCAUCCCCGGCCUCCAACCCGCCCUCAUCAAAAUCCUAUCCGACUUCAACCUCCAGAUCUCGCUCCUCGAGGGCGCGCGCGCCGUGCUGGGCUCCGACGCCGCCGCGCUGGCGCACAGGCUGCAUAAGGCGCAGAGUGCCGGCGUGUUUUUGAGCGCGCGGACGCCGUGUCCG